AUGAUCCCGGCUUGCGUGGGAAGCACCAAGAUGUGGCGUUCAACCGCAGACUCAUGGGAGUUGAUUUCAUCAGGCAGCUUUGAUGAAGGUGUGAUAGAAGCCUACUUCACGCAUUUUUGCCUCGUCUUUGCCAGUGGAGCACCGCGCGUUUUACAGGCAAUUGGCUACAUCAGGCCAGACCAGUUAGCAACGGCAAAGUUAGCCAUUGCAUGUGUGAACUGCACCCAGUGCAGCGAGGCUUUGAGUCGGUACGAACAAGAUGACCAGCACCUUCAUGGCUAUCAAAGAUGCCAAAAACCCGUGCCAGUUGGUUCCUUUGAGAAUCACGAUGUCAUCAAUAUCACUCAGGAUGCCCGCUAUCAGGUGAUACAGUUGAGCUUUAGGAUGUGCCCCAUUGUCUCCAAAGCGUUUCAGGCCGAAUCCGUUCACUUUACCGUGAAAAUUGAAGAGGCUGAGCAUUUCUUCACAACUGCUCCAGCACCCAGUGGUGUGGAUGCCGCGGAUGCCUGCGUUGAUUCCAGCUCCAGUUCGCACCAGAAGCCGAACCCGUCCCAGUUGCAGAAGCAGAGAAGCCUGACCUGA